CGUCCAUUUAAGGAACCCUAAAACUGAAGUUCUGCAUAACAAUUGCUGUUUAUGUUGUAUUUGGCAAUAGCCUUGACCUGUUUUCUUUAGAGCAACAAAAUGGGUAGAGGAAAGAUUGAGAUUAAAAAAAUCGAAAAUCCAUCAAAUAGGCAGGUUACCUUCUCCAAGAGGAGAGUUGGUCUUCUCAAGAAAGCUCAAGAGCUUUCCAUUUUAUGUUCUGUUGAUGUUGGGCUUGUUAUAUUCUCCAGCAAUGGAAAGCUGUACACAUACCCUGAAUCUUCUGAUCUAGAACGAAUUAUAGAGAGAUACCAUUUCGUGGAAGGGAGAUUUCAAGGAGACCCAAAUGCUUCCUUCCUUUUUAAAAGUUUAAAAGCUGAGAAUCAAAGGCUUCGUGCUGCUAUGGGGCAUUUCAUGGGGGAGAAUCUCACCCAACUUCCACUGAAGGAUCUGGAAAAUCUUGAAGAUGGACUCAAUAAUUCAAUAGCUAGGGUUAGAUCAAGGAAACAUGAAAUUACGAAUCAACUUAUUCAACGAGAGGAGCACAGUCUAAGGAAGAUUCAAGAAGUUGAAAGAAAGAGUGAAUUUCUCCGAGAAAGACUGGCCCACCUGCAAAAAAUGGUAUAUGAUUGUCAUGAAGGGCCGGCAUUGGAUUAUCUACAGGAUAAGGCAUUUGGGCAAGAUGAGCAAAAUCAGUUUAAUUUCCUACCUCAAACUCCUGUUCUUCGUGCGCAGCCAAGUGAAAUAAAUUUGACAGAACCAGAUCAGUAUCUAAAGCCUGAACUAUGUUUGGGAUUUGGCAGCUUCGAGAAAAGCAGUUGAUGUCUAUGUUUUUUUAUCAAAAUCAGACAACUGUUGAAUGAGCUUGGAACAUUUUUGAGGGGCCGUCUCUUCCAUAUCUGAAACAUAAAAAUGUGGGCUUAUCUAUUGUUUUUGGCAUAGUCAUCACUAAUAUCAUAUGAUGAUUUUGUAAAACCUCUACAUAUCAUUUAACUAUAAAAUACUUCCAUCUUAAAACUAAUGUAGUAGUUUGUAUUCAAGAUAUUGAUUUCUGCUGUAAUUUUCAGUUAAUUAUUAUGGAAUCAUUGACAUGAUGUUUUUAAAUUUUU